AUGUUGUAUUAUACUCCCGUCAAGCAGAACAACAGAAGAAAUUCCCGCUCAUCUUCACCGGGAGAUCGAUCCCCAGUCAAUAAACGCUAUUGUUGUAGAUUAUGCAACAAGAGAUUCACACGCCCAAGUUCAUUGACCACACAUACUUAUAGCCACACUGGCGAGAAACCAUUUAAAUGUCCUGUAGAGGGCUGUGGAAGACACUUUUCUGUUGUAAGUAAUCUUCGAAGACAUGCAAAAAUCCACAAUAAUCCCACUGCUAGUACAUGA